CCGUAACCACGUUUCUGCAUAGAUACUAGUCGGUAUUUUAUAUUCAAAAAUAUUCAGCAAAGAUGGAUAUAUCACAGGCUGUGUCUGGUUACAUCUCAAAGAUUGUUGCUCCUGCGGGCGACACAUCAUCUUCUAAAAUGAAGGUGUUGUUGUUGGACAAGGAUACAGUCUCGAUAGUUUCCACAGCCAUCAGCCAGUCAACACUCUUAAAUCAUGAGAUUUAUCUUAUCGACCGCUUAGAUAACUCUGCUAGAGAGAAAAUGAGACAUUUACGUUGUCUAUGUCUAGUUCGACCGUCGGCAGAGACAAUUCAGCUUCUUAUCGACGAGCUAAGGCAACCAAAGUACGGGGAGUAUUGCUUAUACUUCACCAACGUGGCUAAGAAAUCAUCUCUGGAACGGCUUGCCGAAGCUGACGAUCAUGAGAUUGUGAAAGUAGUUCAAGAGCAUUUUGCAGACUACACGGUCAUUAAUCCCGAUCUUUUCAGUCUUGAGAUUACACCACCAAGAUGGCGACUCUAUUCAAACAACCCCGAUGCAUGGAACCCUGACUCCUUGCAGAGAUGUGCAGAUGGGAUUAUCGCUUGCUUGCUUUCUCUAAAAAAGAAGCCGCUUAUACGUUACACUAGGAGCAGCCCCCUCGCAAAAAAGCUGGCUAACGAGGUGAAGCAUCAGAUGUCGCAAGAAUCGCAGCUGUUUGAAUUUCGCAAAGUUGACACCCCGCCUAUUCUUCUAAUUCUGGAUCGUCGCGAGGACCCUGUCACGCCUUUGUUGGCUCAGUGGACCUAUCAGGCAAUGGUCCACCAUUUGAUUGGCAUUCAGAACGGCCGAGUUGAUCUCAGCGACGUCCCGGACGUCCGACCAGAACUGAAGGAAAUUGUCCUAUCCCAAGAUCAAGACCCCUUUUUCAAGAAGAAUAUGUUUCUGAACUUUGGUGAUCUUGGCGGCACGAUCAAAGAAUAUGUUGAGCAGUACCAGUCAAAAACCCAAAACAACGCCAAUAUUGAGUCCAUUUCUGAUAUGAAGAGAUUCAUUGAGGAGUAUCCGGAGUUUCGGAAACUAUCGGGCAAUGUCAGCAAGCACGUUGCCCUUGUAUCAGAGCUUAGUCGCCGAGUAGGUCUUGAAAACCUGCUGGAAGUUAGCGAGCUUGAACAGAGUCUAGCCUGUAAUGACAACCAUGCUGCUGACUUGAAUACUAUUCAAAAAUUGAUACAACUACCCCAAGUAUCGGCAAACAGUAAAGUUGGCAUUGUCACGCUAUAUGCGCUCCGCUAUCACAAGCAACCUAACAACUCUGUUUCAAUGCUCAAAGAUCUUCUUAUUGCAGCCGGAAAUGUCACACCCCGCCAGGCUAGUCUUGUCGAUAGCGUUCUGGCAUAUCAUAAAAGCUUGCACAUCUCACCAACACAAGGUGGCAUAUCUGAUAUAUUCGAGUCGGCUGGUAUCUUCUCCGCAGCAUCGGGUCGAUUCAAAGGCUUGAAGGGCGUGGAAAAUGUCUACACUCAGCACAGCACGCUGCUAGAAAGCACUUUACAGAGCCUAGUCAAGGGUCGCUUACGAGAACAACAGUACCCUUUUGUCGAUGGGGGUGCUACCACCAAGGACAAACCUCAAGAUAUUAUUGUAUUUAUGGUUGGUGGAGCUACAUAUGAGGAAGCGAAAACGAUUGCUGGUAUUAAUGCCACCACGCCUGGUGUAAGGGUUGUUCUUGGUGGAACGUCGAUCCACAACGCCUCUACAUUUUUGGAAGAGGUCGAUAAUGCAGUAUCAGGGUGGUCUAUAGGGAACUAAUUUUCGUCAAAUAAUUUAUAUCCGUAUUAUAUACGUAUUUUCAACGACAAUGGUCGGACUAACUGAUGCUCUGGUCAGUUGAGGUAGAAAGGGUGCCA